UUGAACACACGUGGGUAAGUCGCGUGGCGUUGUUUACACCGCCAUAUUGCACAGGAAUACGGAAUAAUCGGAAGACUUUUCGGUGGAGAUCGAACAUUAUUAUUCACAAUGAGCGAUGAUGACAGGGACAUCGACGUUGAGAGUGACGACGAAUUAAACGAUGGUGAACCGGACAAUCGCACACAGGCGGAGAAAAGGGCACAUCACAAUGCCUUAGAGCGGAAGAGAAGAGACCACAUCAAAGAUAGUUUCAGUAUGCUAAGAGAUUCAGUACCUAACCUACAGGGUGAAAAGGCAUCCAGAGCGCAGAUUCUUAACAAAGCAACAGAUUACAUUGAAUUCAUGAGGAGGAAAAAUAACUCGCAUCAAACCGAUAUCGAUGAUUUGAAAAAGCAAAACCAAACGUUAGAACAACAAAUUCGUCUCCUGGAGAGGUCAUCGACAGGGGAAGUAGCUAAAACCAAUGGCAUCAUUCUUAACCAAAAAUUAUCUCACUACGAUGCCGGUUCCGACUCCGACACCGACAAUCAUCCCAAAUCAGGUCACAAGUCCCGCAAACGCUUAAAAACUGACAGCUCAGGGAGUUCGAAAUCUAGCAAAAAGAAGCACGAAUCAAGGUGAUCGUGUUUAGUCCUCGAUUUUUAUUCACAUAAAUUUAUACACUUGUGCUUUUUUUAAAGAUUUUUUUUUUUAAGGAGCAAUCAUUUUAUUGUAUUGUUCAUAUUCCUAGAACCUUGUGGAUUUCCCAUGUGUUGUCUGCAUUUUGUGAAUGACAAUGAUAUUAAAGUAGGAAUGUGGAGAGGUGUUGAGUAACUUUUCAAAAGCUGAACUUGAUGGGCCGGUAUACAAGUAGUGUCUGUACAAGAUGUGGAAAUGAAGCCCUAAUAUUGAAUCCAACAAGAAAUUACUUAACAUGUAGUCCCUUUGAUUAAGUCAGAACUCACAAGGUCUGUAUUUCAAACUUUGGUUUAAUCGAACAAUGAGACAGAGGUUUAACUUGAACUAUGGAAAGCCACAUAUGAAAUGACUCUAAGGGUAUAUACUUGCAUUAUUAGUAUAUUUUGUUCUCAGACUGAUAAAAUCCUCUGGAAAUAUGUGUAAGAGAUACAAUACAAAAGUAUAUUCUUCCACAAAUGAUGAGUCCAGGGUCUGGUAACACAAAAGGUUAGUGAUUGAUCAUAUGAAAUGACUCUAAGGGUAGAUACUUGCAUUAUUAGUAUAUUUUGUUCUCAGACUGAUAAAAUCCUCUGGAAAUAUGUGUAAGAGAUACAAUACAAAAGUAUAUUCUUCCACAAAUGAUGAGUCCAGGGUCUGGUAACACAAAAGGUUAGUGAUUGAUCAUACGCUUGAUUUUUACGCUUGAUUGUACAUUGUAGUCAAUGGAAUCAAUCGUAGAAAAAUGUUCUAGGAUCAUUACUAAGCUUUGUGUCACAGGCCCCAGCCUGGUGGGUGUUUUAUAAAGCUGUAAUGAGCAACUUUAUAAAUGACUGGUGAAUGUUUCUUCUCAGCUAUUAAAAUCAA